UAGCUUCUUUUAAAUUAUCUCAGCAAUUCUUGGAUGUUACGCGGUUGCUUCUCUUCACCAUCCUAUGAAGCUUCAGCUGUUUGACAAUUUUUCCAACUCCAAAUUAAAACAAUUACUUUAAUCGUUGACUGACUUUUUAUUAUUAUAAAUUUCAGUAUUUGUACUACCAUCUCUUCAUUCUUUUCUAGGCAUUAUUCACUUCAAACUUUUUAUUCUCUUUCUAAAUCCAUCAUCAAUAUUUCUGUUUUUGGUUUUUUCAGUUAUUAUUUAACUUUAAUUAAAUUAAAUGGCUACAAAACGGCUUAUUGCUAAUGAUGAUAACCAACUCCAGAGUGACGACCAUCAACCAAAAGAAAAAAAAUUCAGACGCAUGCCUUCUUUUGCCUCAGUGAUUAGAGAAGUAAUGAUGGCGACAUCUACUCAAUGCUUCUUCAAGUCCUUUGAGCCAAUGCUGAGACGUGUGGUUAGUGAAGAAGUAGAACGUGGAAUCAAAAGAAGUAUACGUACCAUGGGUAGAUAUCCCUCUUUGAGAAAUAGAAUCCAUGCACCUGAAAAUUCAUUAGAUUACUUAAAAUUGGUAUUCACCAAUAAAAAAUUACAAAACACCAUUUUUACAAGUAACAAAAUUUUAGACAUCAACCAAAACCCCCUUCAAUUAGAAGUAAUUGGAAAUGAAAGUGCCCUCAAAACCCUACCCAACACUUUAAAGGUAGAAAUAGUAGUCAUUGAUGGUGAUUUUGAUCUAGAUUCUUGGUCUGUUGACGAGUUUAAUAAAAAUAUUAUAAAACAAAGAUCGGGAAAACCACCUCUUGUUUCGAAAGAAGUUAAUUACACGAUUCGGAGUGGAAGUUCCAUAACUCUUGGCGAAGUUGAGAUUACCGAUAAUUCGAGCUGGACACGUAGUAGGAAGUUUAAACUUGGUGCUAGAGUUGUUGGUGAAAGUUCCAAGAAUUUAAGGAUUGUUGAAGCUUUAACAGAGGCUUUUGUGGUCAAGGACCAACGUGGAGAAUCAUAUAAGAAGCAUUAUCCACCGAUGCUAGACGACCAAGUAUGGCGCCUAAAAAAGAUUGGCAAAGAUGGAAAAUUCCAUGAAAGAUUAGAAGAGGCAGGCAUUAAAAAUGUGCAAGACUUUUUGAAACUAUCAGUUGUGCACCCAACUAGACUAAAGAAAAUACUUGGAGGAGAUAAGGGUGAAAUGUCCGAUAAAAUGUGGGACACUGUCUUAAAGCAUGCUAGGACAUGUAAUUUGGGCACUAAGCUUUACAAGUACUACUUUGACUCUACUUCUACCAUCUUCUUGGAUGCUUCUUGUAACAUUUUUAGCAUCAACAUCAAUGGACAACACUAUCGUGCUACCGAUAUUUUACAUGAGAUUGAAAAAGAGAUGAUUGAUGGGUUGGUAAAGCAAGCCUAUGAAAAUUGGGAGUCAUUGCAAGUUGAGGAAACACCAAUCAAUGAGCAAUUUGAAGAGAGGGUCGAUAAAGAUGUGGCGUAUGUGAAUGGUUUGAAGUUUGGAACGUUUGAUGAGAGUUGCUUGAUCGAAACAACAAGAAAAGAAGCAAACUGUGAGUGGCUCGACUAGUCGCUCGAUCGAGCAGUGUCUCGCUUGACCGAUUGAGCGGUGUUGGCUCGGUCGAGCAGAAUGUCCAGAACAAGUCAGUAGCUUCAUUGGAAGCUCGCUCGACCGAGCGAGGUAGUGGCUUGAUCGAGCGGUAGUUGAACAAACUACAUUGGAUCCAGUUUUUGUUCAAAAUUUGUAGUAAUUAUGCAAUAAUAUGGUACAUUACUUUAUUGUUUAUUGUCAUAGUUAAUUGGGGUGUUAAAAGUGCUUUAUGGUGAGUAUUUGAGAGGUUCUAAGAAUAAUACUCACCUUUCCACUAUAAAAGGGAGCAUUAUUCAUAGAACAAAGCACACCACAAACACACAUAUUGUUGAGAGGGUUAUUGCAUUGUUAGAAACUUGAGAGUGUUCUUAUUUUGCUUUAGUAUUUGUGAUCUUGAGAGAUUGUUCUCAAGAUAAGGGGAAGUUUAUUACAUAAUAAUUGUAAAUUUCAAUAUAAUAAAACUACAUUUGAGGAUGAGGUAUCCAAGAUACCUCAUAAACACUUGUGUUCAUCUUUGCAUUUUAUUUUUCAUUUGUUUUUCGUUGUUGAACCUCUUUGAA